UCGCAGUAGCCGGUGGAGGGCAGAGGCGGGCAGCUGGAUGCGGGUUAAACCGAGAAACGGGACUCACGCUGCUCAUAUUCGGCGAGCGCCGAGCGCACAUGCAUGCAUCUGGAUGCUGAAACCCGAAAACCCGAUCUCCAGCUCCUCUGAACACAUCCGGAGCGAGAGAGGCAGCUCAAACACGCUAUUAUACAGUGCAUGCGUGCGCGCUCUGAACUAUUGAGCAACUCAUGCAGAGGAGUGUGAGCGCGUCUGUGGAGAGCGCGUAGAUGAGAGCUAGAGGGCGGCGGCGCAUCGCUCCAUUCCUCCAGUCCCGGGACCUUCUCCUGAUCUCUCCCGUGAGGAACACACGCAGAACUUGGGACGCGUAACGGCGUCGGUCCUCCGCGCUCUACCACCGCAGCUCCGGUGUCACGGCUGAACCAAACCGAAGAGGGAACGAAUAUUCCGCGCUGAGGAGUUUUCCAAACUCCAAAGUCAUGGGGAAAAACGGACGCCAGAGAUUUGGAUUGGGAUUAGUGCUUCUCUUUCUGUGGAUUCUGCUGAAAAUAGUUGACGCGCAAGGUGAUGAUGACUUCCUGUUGGGUUUGGGAGAGCUGCCUGAGACCUUCCCGAGCGACCCGCCGGAACCUCUCCCACACUUCCUUCUGGAGCCGGAAGACGCUUACAUCGUCAAGAACAAAGCCGUCAAUCUCUUCUGCACGGCCACGCCAGCCGCACAGAUCUACUUCAAGUGCAACAGCGAGUGGGUCCAUCAGAGAGAGCACACGAUAGAGGAGCGGGUGGACGAGACGUCGGGUCUGGUGGUGAGGGAAGCACGGAUUGAGAUUUCCCGACAGCAGGUGGAGGAGUUGUUUGGUUUGGAAGAUUACUGGUGCCAGUGUGUCGCCUGGAGCUCUGCAGGAACAACCAAGAGCCGCAAGGUGCACGUCCGCAUCGCAUUCUUGAGGAAGACGUUUGAACAGGAGCCCUUGGGGAAGGAAGUGUCACUCCAACAUGAAGUGCUGCUGCAGUGCCGCCCACCUGAGGGCAUACCGCCUGCUGAGGUGGAAUGGCUGAAGAACGAAGAGAUUAUCGAUCCCGCAGACGAUCGGAAUUUCUACAUCACCAUCGAUCAUAACCUGAUCAUCAAACAGGCACGGCUUUCCGACACCGCUAACUACACAUGCGUCGCUAAGAACAUCGUUGCUAAGAGGCGUAGCACCACGGCUACAGUGAUCGUCUAUGUGAACGGAGGCUGGUCCACAUGGACCGAGUGGUCGACGUGUAACAGUCGCUGUGGGCGGGGCCUACAGAGACGAACCCGUAGCUGCACCAAUCCUGCGCCUCUGAACGGGGGGUCGCCGUGUGAUGGACUGGCCAUCCAAAAAAACUCCUGCACAUCAGUGUGCACAGUCGAUGGCGAGUGGGGUGACUGGAGCAAGUGGUCGGCGUGUAACACAGAGUGCACACAGUGGAGGAAGAGAGAGUGUAACGCCCCUGCACCCCAGAACGGAGGACAAGACUGUGACGGAGACACGCUACUGUCGCAGAACUGCACUGAUGGACUCUGCCUACAAAGUUCAGUAUAUCAGCUAUCCGUUCAGCCUAAAGGGACGGGAGAGGAGGGGUUUACAUCGGCUCCGGGUGGAGAUGAGGUGGCGCUGUACGUGGGCAUCAUCAUGGCGGUGGUCAUGUGUCUGGUCGUCUCUGUUAUCGUGGCUCUGCUCGUGUAUCGCAAGACGCAUCGGCGCUUUCACUCUGACAUCAUCGACUCGUCUGUGCUGAACGGUGGCUUUCAGCCCGUCAGCAUCAAGCAGGCGCGCUCAGCAGAUCUGCUGGCCGCGACCCCUGACCUGUCCACAGCGGCGGCGCUGUAUCGCGGUCCAGUUUAUGCCCUCCACGACAUCUCGGACAAAAUCCCCAUGACCAGCUCCCCUCUGCUGGAGCCACUGCCACUUCCAAACCUCAAGAUCAAAGUCUACAACUCCUCGGGCACCGUGACCCCUCAGGACGACAUGACCUCUGACCUCUCCGCCACCCUGUCCCCGAAGGUCACCCACUCUCUUCUGGACAGCGACCCCAUGACCCCACGCAACCAGACGCUGGCACGCACACGGGAUCCCACGUGCACAGCGUUCGGGUCCUUCAACUCGCUGGGAGGUCUUCUGAUCAUUCCCAACUCAGGUGUGAGUUUGUUGGUUCCAGCCGGUGCGAUUCCUCAGGGUCGUGUGUACGAGAUGUUUGUGACCGUACAGAGGACAGAGAGCAUGAGGCCGGCGGUCGGGGACGGGGAGGCGGUUCUCAGUGCUGUGGUCAGCUGUGGUCCCGCGGGCGCCCUGUUGACCCGUCCCGUCAUCCUCACUCUACACCACUGCUCGCACGCCCACUCUGACGACUGGCAAAUCAUCCUCAAGAGCCUCACGCAGCAGGACCAAUGGGAGGACGUGGUUGUGGUUGGAGAGGAGAACUUCACGACUUCCUGUUACGUGCAGCUGGGAGACGAGGCGUGUCACAUCCUGACCGAGACUCUGGGAUCCUACUGUCUUAUUGGCCAGAGCGUCUGUCCGUCAGCGGCUAAGCGAAUCAAACUGGCCGUGUUUGGGCCUGUGGUCACACCAGGUGUAGACUACCACAUCAGAGUUUACUGCCUCGACGACACACAGGACACACUCAAAGAGGUGCUGCAGAUCGAAAAACAGAUCGGCGGGAAACUACUCGAUGAACCGAAGUCUCUGAACUUCACUCACAGCAACCACAACCUGAGACUGUCAAUACAUGACAUCCACUCGCAGUGGAAGAGCAAACUACUCACCAAAUACCAGGAGCUGUGUUUCUCUCAGGUGUGGAGCGGAUCCGUGCGGCGGCUGCACUGCUCCUUCGCUCUGGAGCGUCAGAGUGUGUGUGUGUGUGAGCUGUGCUGUAAGCUGUGUGUGAGACAGGUGGAGGGAGAAGGUCAGAUCUUCCAGCUCUACACCACCCUGAGUGAGGACGUCCAGAGCAUCGACACAUCCCUGAUGGACCCGGGCAGCAGUAUCACAGUGCUGGCCGGUCCGAGCGCGUUCAGAAUCCCCGUCAGCGUCAGAACCAAACUGUGCAGCAGCCUGGACGCCCCACACACACGCGGCAACGACUGGAGAAUACUGGCACACAAACUUAACCUGGACAGGUAUCUCAACUACUUUGCGACUAAGACGAGUCCUACCGGAGUGAUUCUGGACCUCUGGGAAGCUCAACACUUCCCACACGGCAACCUCAACCAGCUCGCCACGGUUCUGGAGGAGAUGGGUCGUCAUGACAACAGCAUCGCUGCCAUGGCGAAGGAACAAUGACCCUUACAAUGGCGGUGAUGUCUAAGCUGAGGAUAAUUGAGCUCGAGUUGAGCUGCCACUUUCAUCGAGCUGAAACAACGAUCAAACCCGAGACAGUCAAAGCAUCGGAGUACGGAGGAGAGUCCGUGACCUU